AGUCUUAUAACUUACAACACUCUGCUUCACGUGGUUCAAAAAUCUGACCAGACUGCUCUGGUUUGGAAGAUUUAUGAGCAUAUGGUUGGAAAAAGAAGUUACCCAAAUGAAGGGACAAUCAAAAUCUUGAUUGAUGCUUUGUGCAAGGAAGGGAAGUUGAAGAAAUACGUUCACAUGUUGGACAGGAUCCAUGGGAAGAGGUGCUCUCCUUCUGUGAUUGUGAAUACUAGUCUGGUUUUUAGUAUUUUGGAGGAGGGUAGGGUUGAAGAAGGUUUGAUGAUGUUGAGGAGAAUGUUGCCGAAGAAUCUGGUUCUUGAUACAAUUGCUUCCUCAUUGAUUGUUUAUGCUAAAGUUAAACUAGGAGAUGUAUGCUCAGCAUGGGAGGUGUAUGAAGAAAUGCUCAAGAGAGGUUUUCGAGCAAACUCUUUUGUCUAUACUUUGUUUAUGGGAGCACAUUGUGAGGGAGGAAGAAUUGAGGAAGCACAAAGCAUGAUGAAUGAGAUGGAAAAUAUGGAUUUGAAGCCGUUUGAUGAGAGCUAUAAUCUUCUUAUUGAGGGAUGCGCUAAAGCAGGAAGAGUGGAUGCAAGCUUGAGUUACUUGAAGAAGAUGGUGGAGAGCGGGUUCAUCCCUUGUCGUUCGGCCUUCAAUGAGAUGGUCGGAAAGUUAUGUGAAACAGGGGAUGCAGGGCAAGCAAAUGCAAUGUUAACCAUACCGUUAGAUAAAGGGUUCUUGCCGGACAGCAUCACAUACGCUCAUCUGAUUGACGGGUAUGGGAGAAAAGGUGAGAUUCAGGAGGUUGUGAAACUCUAUUAUGAGAUGGAGUCCGGGUCGCUUUCUCCUGGAGCGUUGGUUUUUACAUCCUUGAUAAAGAACUUCUGCCAGUGUGGGAAAGUGGAGGAAGCAGAAAGGUAUUUUGGAAUCAUGAAAGAUCGUUCAAUAGCCCCAAGUUUAUGUGUAUAUGAGACAUUGAUUGCCAACCACUUUGACAAGGGCAAUGCAGAAAGGGCCCUUCACCUUAAGAAUGAAAUAGAACUCAUUGCAUCGAUUUAAAUCAAUGAACUCUCAUUCGAGUUGUCUUGUAAUUCUCUUUUUAGUGGGUUGGAA